CUACUCUCGCGGAUUGCUCUGAUUUAGUUGAGCAGGGAGGGACGGGUUCGGCAUCUGCGCAGCGAGGGACAUGUUGGCCGGGGUGUGGCUGGGUCUGUCCGCCGGUUUCUUCGCCGCGCUGCUAGCUUUGCGGGCGCCGCUGCUGAAAGCACCGCCGGGGGUUCUCUCGCUCAGCCUCGCCGGGCUCUUUCAGGACCUGAUCCGGUACGGAAAGACCAAGACCGCCUGUGGGCAGCGCCCUGCCUUUCUGCAGACCUUUGAUGUCCCCAAGAGGUGGUUCUACCAUUUUUAUAUUGUGUCUGUGACCUGGAACGGCUUCCUGCUACUGCUGUUUAUCCAGCGUGUGCUUUUCUCUCAGCCAUUCCCCAUUUGGCUUCAGGACUUGCUUGGCAUUCUUGAUGGAACGAAGGGAGACAGAGUUAUCCACCAUUCAGGGAAUGGUGCCGAGUUCCUGUCAGCCUUCCUGGUAUGCCUUUUGGUCUGGGUGAAUAGCUGUAGACGGUUAAAAGAAUGUCUUCACAUUAGCAUCUAUUCUGGAGGUGUCAUUCAUUUUGUCCAGUACUGCUUUGGCCUUUUUUACUAUGUUUUGGUGGGGCUUACAGUGCUGUGUCAAGUGCCAGCAAAGAAUAGAGAUGGGAAAGAUCACUCGCUGAUAGUCUGCUGGUACCAUGUUCUAGGACUUCUGAUGUUCUGUUGGGCUUCUGUUCAUCAACACAGAUGUCAUAUAAUUCUUGCUAAUCUUCGAAAAGAUAGCUCAGGAAAAGUUUUCACCAUGGAUCACAGCAUUCCCUUUGAUGACUGGUUUGAAAUGGUGUCCUGUCCUCAUUAUUUUGCAGAAUUUCUCAUAUAUAUCUCAAUGGCUGUCACGUUUGGAUUUUACAAUUUAACUUGGUGGCUAGUGGUGACAUAUGUCUUUUUUAACCAGGCACUAAGUGCUGUUUUGUGCCACGAAUAUUACUUAAACAAAUUUAAGCACUAUCCAAAAUGCCGGAAAGCAUAUAUACCCUUUAUUUUUUAAUUUAUUUAUUUUAAAUGGAGUAUGACUCUACUUUUGAAGCAAUUACAGAUCUUGAAAUCUUCUGGGAUGAAGUGAUUGUUACCAACAAAAGAUUUUGCUGAAAUUGAACUGUUGCUGAUCAUCAAGUAUGUUAUUUUAAUAGGCACAGCUGUGUGUAUGAAAACAUACCCUGGUUCUACU